AUGGCCUCUCCCUGGGCCGUGCGGCUGCUGCUGGUGGCAGCCUGGAGCACCAGCUGUGGUGAGGCCUUCCGGUGCUACUCCUGCGAGCGGCCCAUGGCUAUGUCUUCCUGCAAGAACAUUACCCUGUGCAAACAGGAGGACACGGCCUGCAAGACCACACUGGAGACCGUGGAGUCAGAGUACCCCUUCGACCAAAGCCCCAUGGUGACCCGAUCCUGCUCCAGCUCCUGCCUGGCCACCGACCCCGACAGCAUGGGGGCUUCCCGCCCUGUCUUCUGCUGCUUCCGCGACCUGUGCAACUCGCUGCAGGAGCCUGGGGGUUGA